GCUUAUUGGAAUAAACAAAAUGCGAGUUCAACUGGAGAUAAAACCUUUAACCAUGCUGAAUUACCGUUGAUAAAAGCCUUUUGAGAUCACUUUUAAGAUCCGGCCAAAAUGGAUCGGUUUGCUUUUAAGAUCGACGCUGCCCUUAAGGCGAAUCUCUGCAAGAUUUGUCGGCUGUGCGGCAUCGAUAAUCCAGGAAAGGUGCAAAUACUUUUGCCAAAUGAAGAAGACACCAUCGACCUGGACGAGCCCAGAAUGUCCCAGAAGAUCUACGAGCUGGUGGGCUUCACGGUGUCCGUGGACGACAAAAUGCCGCAGACAAUGUGCAGCCUGUGCGUGGAUAAAAUCAAUGAUUUUUAUGAGUUUCGGGAAAUGUGCUAUGCGACGAAUAAACAGACUCGAAAUCUUUUGGGAUUAAAGCAAAUAGAACCCGCAAGACUAAUUGAUCUUAAGCCCAUCGUUAAGAAGGAACAGCAAAUUUCUGGGGCAGUUGGAAAACGAGGAAGGAAACGCAAGGGCGACGAAUCCUGGCCAAAGAAUAACCUUAAUGCCAAGCCACAGGUCAAAAAGGAGCCCUUUGUGUGGCACAAGAAGCAAAAACUGCAGCCUUCACAGAUGACGUCCCUAGUGUCCAAAAGAGAGCCGGAGAUCAAAGACGAACCCGCUGAACAGGAGACCAAUCUUAAGGGACCAGCGAAAAAGGGCGGUCGGAAGUCAAUUUGCAGCGUUUGCGGCGAGAAGUUCUUUAGCAAGGAGCUGGCCGACGAGCACAAAAGCCUGGUGCAUGUGCCUUCGAUACUGCGCUACAUUUGUAAUGCCUGCAACCAGACGCACCACAACCAGAGCGACAUACGUGCCCACCAGUUGUGGCAUAAGCUCUCCAAGACGCCCUACAAGUGUCCCGUGUGCGACGCCAGCGUUCCUAAUGCCUACGCCUUUACCCGCCAUUUACGCGAACACACACCGCCCACUCCCGUCCAGCUGCUCGUCCUUGAUCGGGAGUGUCCGCUGUGCAAGAAGACUUUCGUGACGAACUUCUUCUACAACACUCACCGCUGUGCCAUCCGUAAACGCAAGUGCGGCGGUUGUAGUCGCACCUUGAACACCGAAGCGGCUUAUAUGCGUCAUGCCCCAACCUGCCCAAAGAUUUACCUCAACCACUCAAAGCACAUCAUGCCCCAGGUGGUGACCAAUGAGGCGCAGAUGCUCAUCAAAAACGAAAUCGAGGAGGAAUUGAUGAGCCUUCCGCCGGCCACAGCUGUGCCGCCGGAUUUUGUCAUAGACGAGGGUAUGCAACCGAUAGUGGUCCUGGAGCGCCUGUCAUCGCCUUUACUGCGGGCUUCGGCUGGACCCAAUCAACUGGGUGCCUCCAAAAGCAAAAAUAGCGAUAGAGUUUCUGCCAAGAAUUAUUUGAAACGAGUGGAUCAGCUGCUGAAGAAUACGAUGAACACUCUGGUCAGCAUCAAGCAUGAGCCGGAGGUGCACAUCAGUGACACGGGGCCAGCUGCAGGUCAGGCCGAGAAUGACCCCGAGCCGGAACGGGAUGAAGAACAUCCAAGUUUUGGCGAUGAUUUCCAGGCAGCUAACGAUGACAGCGAGGAGGAAUGUCAACUGGAAACCGGAUCCGAUAAAAUGUCUGCUACUGCCAGUGACGAUAUUCCCAGUGUAUCGGUUAAACAGGAACCCGACUAUGAAGGCUAUGAAAAGCCAACGGAGGUGAAGCAGGAGCCUCUAAAACUAAAGCUUAAAAUAACGAAGAAUCAUGGAAAGCUAAAUUCAUCGCUCAUAGACGAUCUGGAUGAAGCGGGAUCAGUAUUUGGCAGAAGUAGCAAAAAGAAAAAGAAACGAAAGCAUAAGGAACGGGAGAAGGAAGCGCCAACCGAGUCCGAAAACUGUCGAACAGAAUCUCAUAAUCAGCCCGCUAUUAGAAUCAAACAGGAACCCGUUGAUUACGCUCCUGAGGCCACUGUCAUGACCACUAUUCCCAUGACUCAGUUUGAAAGCAGCUUAAACGAAAACGAACGAAGCGCGGAAGUGGAUGAGGCUAUGGCCCAGAGUCAGGAAGAUGUUAAGCCGAAUCGCAUGGAGCUUGAUCGUAUGAUGCAGAUCUCCCAUGUGGCCAGUGGCAUAGAUAUGGCAGAAGAAGCAAUGGCUUUGGAGAGAGCUGAAGAAGCCUGUCCCGAGGAGCUCCAGACACGGGAUGGGUCUCAAAAUCCGUCCCCUCAAAAGGUGAAAUCCGUAAAGUCCACAGCGCGCAAAAGUACAGGUGGUGCGGAACGAAGAACGCAUAGCCCACCGAGGACGAACUCUUUGCCGCAGAUUGUAGCCGUUGUGAGCGGCGAUUCGGCGUUUAACAUGAUUUCCAUAAAGCCGGAACCGCGAAAUCGCGGAUAUGGAGACGAGGAACCAGAAGAAGAACGAGAAACCACAGAAGAGAUUAAUCAUAAUGACAAGAUGGAAGAGGAGAAUGCCUACAUUGGCAGUUUAGACCUAAGUAACGUAUCAGUGAAGCAGGAAAGGGAGUUGGACAUAUGCGAGAUAGACGCCUUGCCCAGCAAUGGAUUGAAGAGUGAUGAGGACGAUGACGAUGGAAAUGAAGACAGUGCCUCAUCAGCGGAUGAAGCAGAGGAAGCCAUGGAGCAGGACGAGGAAGAGCGCAUCUAUCGUGAACUCGAGCUGCCUCCAUUGGAACUUCAAACCGAAGGGGAUAAGCCAUUAACCAAGAAAGAUGCGGAAUCAGAGAGAAUGGAUACAGAGGUACCAACUGCGUUGCCUGCCGGCGAAACUCCCCCGCAAGCUCCUGACGUACAUGGUGUGGAAAAAGCACAAGCUUCUGCUUUUAGUUUGGUCAUAACCAACAUAUGCAGUCAAGCUGUACCGCAGCCUUCUUCAGCAUGCUCAAAUGAAACAGAAUGUUCAAUAGGCCCAAGCUCCAGCACUGCAGAUGAACCAGAUUCCCAAACAGUGGGGAAUACCGAGACUUCUGCAAACGACGUCCAAACUUCUCAACAAGUUACCAUUGCCGAACAAUCCCAGUCAGAUCCCUGCAUUGUCUCUCAACACGCAGCUGGUCCCGAAAUCCAAGCAGAUGAUAUUAAAGAUCUCCCUCCCGCAGCUACACAGAUUCAAUCCUGUAACACAGAAAACGGAGCGCACUCUAAUGCAGAUAUGGAAUCUGUCAUUGAAAAUCCGACGAUCACGGCAAUUCGACCUCUCGAAAAUUUGCCAAUUGAAGUCUCUAUAGGAAUAGCAGUCUCAAUAGGAAACGAUGCUCCUCAUUCGGAAUCAAGUGCUCAUGUCAACAGUCAAUCCGCCGGAACAGGAAAUACAUCUUUAGCCCUAGAGGAGAACGAAUCUCUUCCAAGUGGAAGUGGCAGCUUUUUUCCGCCUAUACCUGAAAACCUCUCCCCCUCACCAGAUAAUUCACCACCGCACAAUAAUCAAUCGGAAUCUCUAGAGAAACCAGACACGGCAGCAGGAAGUGCAGAUUCCCUAGCAACAGUGUCCCUCGAUGCUCCCAAGGACACUGAAACGCUGGCUUUGCCACCUUGCGAUGCAGCUAACAUAGAUAGUAACUACACGUGCGACGAGGAGCAGCAAAACGUGCUUAAUCAUGAGCUCUCGGACCAACAACUGGCUACACUGGCAGACAGACACCUGCUAGUUCACGAGGAGCAGCCGGCUUUGCUGGAGGUAAUACCACCGGGACUCUCGUCUAGGCCGAUCGAGGAGACUGAGAACCGCAUUAACGAGCAGCAGCAGGAUCUGGAGCAGGGGGAGGAACGGCCGCCUCGUUUCCAGGCCAACGACGACUCCAAUAUCAACGAAAUCGCCGAGAACAAUAACAACGCCAACAUCGAGCGUGAAUUGCAAGACGAUGCGCUCGGGGCUCAGGAAAACGUAAAUCCAUAGACUUCGGAUAGCUGAUUGGCCAUACCCAGUAUACAAUAGCAUGCCUCACUAAUUCUGUUAGAAGUUGUAAAUAUAUACGGAAUGGUG